AUGUCCCGGUUUAAUAGGUGGAUGGUCAUGGCCGCAUGCGUCCUCGCGGCCGGCAUCUGCGGCGGCUUUGGCGCAUGGAACGCAGUAGUCGUGGCGAAUGAUGACUCCUCGUCGUCCCUCUUUGUCAUGGAGAUCAUCACCGCGACGCUCAUGUUCCUCGCCAUCCCGUUCUUUGCUGGAGCGUUCGCGCACGCUGCAAUGAAAAAGCAGCGCGCUACGCCGGCCCUGCAGCUCGGCACGCUUGUACUCGGGGUCGCGCCGGCCCUGUUCUACUUUAUCGUCCGUUUCGUCGGCAAGGGCCAAAUCACGUUCCGCUGCCGCCUGCGCCCAACGUACGACCAGGUGCAGUCGCUGCCCAAGAUGGUCGAGUCUGUCGACCCGGACAUCAGGAGCGCGUGCGACAAGACGUGGGCGGGACAGACGGCCGGAGUGGCUAUCGGGUGUAUUGCGUUGGUGGCGUGUACGGUCUACAUCGUCGCAUACUACCGUGCCUGCGACGCAGCGUACGAAGCGCACAAGCGGACUGUCGCAUACGGGAUCCUCACGUACCGCCAGCACGCGCGCCGCGAGCACCGCCGCCGGACGCAGGAGGCACACGCGAUGGCCGCGGCCAUGGCACAUGUCAACGCGACGCUGCCGUACCCGCCACCAGCGGGCCUCAACGGCGGACCAGAUGCGCACUGGGCAAACGGAGGACUCGAGUCGCUCGCAGGAUGGUCGCCACCCCCGAGUUAUGACCACACGAGCGGGUGGGAGGGGACCGACAAGCGCGGCGAGAAGCGUAUCAGCGAGGAGGCAUCGCCGAGGCCCAGCCAGGUUGGGCUGGCGUUCUAG